CGAACCAAAAAAGCCUUACAUCUAGACCACCCGUGACCUGUGAAGACUUGUAAAUCCCUAUACCUGGUUUCGUGGAGAGGGCUGCGCAAUUGCGCAAGCUGCGAGAGUAGGCUACUAUCGGACCUUUCCAUGGAAUCCACUCCACGCGUGAUCACCACUGAGGGUGUCGGUCCGAUCUGAUGUGGGAUAAAAAGUUGCCGUCUGGACAGUAAAUCACAUAUAUGAGGAUCAAUACACACGUGCUAGUCAACACAAAGCGCAAAAAUGCCUAUACAUCCGGUGACUUCCACUUUGAUGUACCGGGGGAUCUGCACCAUUCCUGAUAUCUUGUCGUACCGGGCACCGGUCAAUCUACCUGAGGACGAAGUGGAAGAAAUCCGGGAGGCAUUUAAGGUGUUUGAUCGAGAUGGGAAUGGCUUCAUCUCAAAGCAGGAGCUCGGCAUGGCCAUGCGUUCUCUAGGGUACAUGCCCAAUGAGGUCGAGCUGGAGGUCAUCAUUCAAAGACUCGACAUGGAUGGAGACGGCCAGGUGGAUUUUGAGGAAUUUGUUACUCUCCUGGGGCCCAAACUCUCGGCUGCCGGGAUGCCUGACAAGUUCAACGGAACCAAUUUUGACUCUGUGUUCUGGAAGUGUGAUAUGCAGAAGCUGACUGUGGAAGAGCUGAAGAGACUCUUAUACGAAACCUUCUGUGACCACCUGACUAUGAAGGACAUCGAGAAUAUCAUCAUGACAGAGGAGAAUCACAUCGAAAAUCCUGAGGACUGCCAGGUUGACAUUGACACGGAGAGUCCAACCCAGCAGGUGAAACAAACAUGCGUACGGAAGAGUCUGAUCUGCGCCUUCGCGAUCGCUUUCAUCAUCAGUGUUAUGCUUAUCGCAGCCAAUCAGGUGCUUCGCAGUGGCAUGAAGUAACCGAAUGGACCAAUCACAACGUUGAUUCAAUUCAAUAUAACAUAUGACAGUGACAAAACAGGCUAAAAAAAAAAUGCACACACAAACUGGAGCAGCUUAAAAGUUCAUUUUAUUUAGAUGAAAUCCAAAUGUUGUGACUGAAAUAUUUUUGAGACGAGCUACAGCUUCCACUGGACAGAAUUUUUCAGAUUUGACAGCAAACGUAAUGCACACAGAUAUAUAUAAACGCACACAUACUGUGUCUUACCCAAAAAGGUAUGAUAAAAAGUACAUGAAAAGAGAGGAAGAAGAAGUUUAUACUGUAACGGACUCUUAAAAGUUUCCCCUUCAACCGCUCUCUCUCCCUCUUCAGUAUGUUUUGGGUGAGUUUAGCCGCAUGGACAUCUCCAACCGAGGAUCCUACUCUUCAAUGCAUGAUGAUGCAUGGAUUUACAAUAGCCUGGAUGUACCAGUAGAGCUCAGCUGUGCAUCCAUUCAUCUAUAUAUUAGAUCCCAAAACAAAUUUUCCAAAGAAAGACCCGUCUCACAUGUAUGAAGAGUUGGAUAUGCAGCAGAGGCCGUUUGUGACAUCUUUUACAUCCAGUAUACUGAUCCCCUUGCAUGAGAAUAAGGGCUGUUUAGGGCAUGCUCAUGUCAUGCAAUGUUAGUCUUGUGUUUGUCCAGUAACUAUUGUUGGUUUUUACCAAUUGCACAUGCCUGAAAUGAUUGUAGUAGUACUCCAUAUGGCCAAAAGGGGGCGUGAAACAUCCCAAAAGUGAUACUAUACCACUAGUGACAUAC